GAAAUUAUUCAAUAUACAAUGUGUAGCCACUUGGAAUGUGAUGCAUGUGGUACACAAAACCAUUCAAUUAAUGCCAUAUGUCAAGAAAUAUAAUAUGUUACUUAUAAGUCUUUUAAUAUUAAUAUAUAAUCUUUAAUUAGAUCUGAUUAAUGAAAACCAAUAAUGAAUUGAUGAACUUUACUUAGAUCUAAUGGCUAUAAAUAGGUCAGCCAUAUUAUACCACUAACCAUCUAAGUGUUUCAUUUCUGUUCAGAAGCAAAUCGAUCUCUUUAUUUUUUCUCGUGUCAUAAAAUAAGAAUCAUGGUGAAGCUUUCCCUCUCAACCAUCUCCAAAGAAGAAAUUUCUCAAACAAUCAAAGUGAACGGUGAGGAAAGGUUGGAUGUUCCAUUUCUUCUGAAACUAGUCGAAAAAAUCAUGUAUACCGCGGCUGGUGAUGAGAAGUACAAAGCAUAUCAGCAUGGAGAGAAGGAAUCCGAGGCUGUCGAUUCCAGCUUUAAGUCACCCUUGUGUACACUCAGAAAGAUUUCAUUUGAAUUGAUGGAUUGCGAUUUCAAGGGUGGAGUUAGAGAAAGGACUCUCGCCAUAACCAACUUGCUAUCGAACUAUCCAUUGGAUGCAAAAGCAGUGCUGAGCGUUGCAGCUUUAGCUCUUGAGUUUGAGGACUUCUGUCGCCUCCAUCAGCACAUAAAUGAUCCAGUUACCUGCUCCAAUAUAUAUUUCUCGCAAGAAUAUUGGAAUUCCGUGGCAAUCUUGAAGAGGGUAACUGCUCCAACCGACCAGCAAAGUCUAUAUGAGCUUAAAAAUCUCGUCGUGGUCAUAUUGGAAGUCACCAGAUCCAUCUUUGAGUUGGAGAAGGUACGUACAAAAUACACUAAUAUACGUACAGACGUACUGGCCGUCGUUUUAACAGUCAUACAAAGGAAUGUAUAUUGGACCAUCGCAACUGUCGUAGCUUGUGCCACUCAAAUUUCAAAGCUCAAAAGCUUCAAGGACCAGCCAUAUGAUCUAUCCCAAUGGCGUGAAUAUCUCAACUCAAUCCACGAAGACCUUAAAAAUAGUAAAAGAAAUUUGGAGCAAGAAAAGGAGAAGGAAGUCCACUUGAAACUCUCUAACAUCCUUGAAAGUUCACAUUAUGAAUCACAUAAUUACCAAAUAACGGAGGUUCUCAAUCUGCUGAUUGAAGGGGACACCAACGUUAAAGUUGAACAGAGAAUCCUGAUUAAAAGUUCCAUCAAUUCCACAGCUGCUAAGAGAAAGCGCAUUGAGAUGCUGAGGACGAAGGACGUGCUUCUGUUAAUUUCGAGCAUGGACAUCUCACAUGAUGAUACGGCGGUUCUCAAAUCGAUUUAUGAACAAAUAGAAAGCAGAAAAUAUAACUAUGAGAUUGUGUGGAUCCCCAUCGUUGAGCAGUGGAAUGUUGAACUUCAUGAAAAAUUUUGCAAUCUUAAGAAUCAAAUGCCUUGGUACGUUUUAGAGUUGGAUUCACAUAUAGCAGGCAUCGAGUUCAUCAAGGAGAAGUGGAACUUCACUGGUAAGACGAUUGCGGUGUUGAUGAAUUCACAAGGGAAGGUGGAAAACCAUAAUGCACUCGAAAUGAUUAGCUUAUGGGGAAUGGAUGCCUUUCCUUUCACUAAGGAAUCUGAACGAACUAUACUACAAAAGGAAAAGAAUUGGCUUCGUCUUGUAACCAAAAACACUCAUCCAAAUAUCGAAACCUGGAUGAAAGAGGAAAAGUACAUUUUCUUAUAUGGAGGCACCGACCAACGUUGGAUCAAAAAGUUCGGAGAAUGCUUAGAAAAUGUCGACUUCACAAAAUUUUCCGACCGCAGGGAAGGGAACAAUGCCGCGGAGCAAAAUGAUGGGUUUAAAGAAGAGCUAUUCUGGAUUCUCAUAGAAAGGUUGAAUUCCAUCAGGGUUGGGGAGGACAACAUUCGUGAUGAUACUGGAAAAGAACUCGAAAAGCUACUUUCCUAUAAAAAAGCAGACAGAUGGGUUUUGCUUAGUAAAGGGCCAAGUGUGAUAAUCUUUGGUCAUGGUACCCUAUUCUUGAGGGCUUUGAAGGAGCUUGUCAAAGUUAGCAGUGGAGAAGGCUUUAAUACUGAGCACACCUUCGAAACCCAAAUGAUCAAGCACUACGAUGAUCAAGUGGUCAUCCAGCAGGAAAUUCAGUCUUUCGGCAUUAAAAUCCGAUAGAUGCAUAUGCAUGCAUCUCCAAGGAAUUACGGUGUAUAUAUAUAUAUAUAUACACAUACAUGUAGCAGCAGCUAUAUAUAUUAACUAGGCAACAGUGCCAUUUUUAGUAUAAUAUAAUUUCUAAAAUAAAGAGCAUCUUUCACUAGGAUGCUAAUGUGAUGCUGCAUAUAUAUAUAUAUAUAUAUAUAUGCACACGGUGAUUCAAUGGCAUGGACAUCUGCACUUUGACGUAACGUGCAGAAUAUAUAACUUAAAGUGGGUAUAAGUAUGCAAUAAAAAAAUAAAAAAAUAAAUUUUAAAAAAACAAGUUUGUGGAAUUUUUUUUUUUUUCAUCUUUU